GCGUCAUGGGUGCAUGGUAGAGGUCGCAUCUGAGUGCCUGUUGUUUGUGUUCUGGUCUGCGUUAUCUGACUGCUACAUCUACCUGCGUUGCUGUAAACUUUGCAGUUGCAAGGAUACGAUUGAGAACAUCUUACUAGUUCAUUGUUUGUCGUUUGUCGUUGCUGGUGAUUUGGAGCUCUUCAAUUCCGGGCUGGUGCUUCGCCAAGCAGACUACAGUCUGCACCACCAGCCCAACAUCGCCGUUGCUUUUUGAUGUCAAGUAAAAGCAGUAGAUAGGGGCGUAUGGAUGGACGUGAUUCUUGUGCGGAACAGAUUAGCAACAUGUGACCUCUGUCACGCUCUGUCACCGCCAGUGGCUUUGGAACCAAUAUGACCGCUGAAACAUAAUUGUAUGUUCUUG